GUCCUCAAGAUAUGCCCAUUUUUUGUGACUGGAAUGGCUAUGAGGCAAUUUGGCAUGUAACUUGGGUCUGUAUAGGAGUCCCCCACCAGCUUCGGGAUUCUUGUAUCGAUUCCUCCAGCCCUCGUCACUCAGUGGUCUGUCCUUCUCCCCGUGCUGGUAUCUGGUGACGUUACAUGCAUCGUAUCCAUAUCCUGCCCGUUCUGGCAUUCCACCUCUCACCCACUUUGUGGGUGGGACAUUCUUGGACAAUUUUGCAGGUAUCAUCACUUAUGCUCUCCACCACACCAAGCUCCAUCCAUCCAUCAUGUUUGCUGCGCUAGUCUUCAAAGACUAAAGGUGCGAUUCCCCACCGCCCAUGGCUUGUCUGCCUUCCAACUUUUCAUUUCUGUGUUUAUGCUCACGAGCAAAGUUAUUUGUGACAACACAGUGGGAGCUGAAUGUGGAUCCCUCGAUGCUAAGUGAGUUUGAGAGUAUGA